AUGCCUGAGAGGGAUACUAUUUCAUGGAACUCAAUGAUCACAAACUAUUCUCAAAAAUGGCAAUCCCUUGGAGGCAAUGGAUCUUUUUCGUCAAAUGGGGAUAGUAGGAAACUAGGAAUGAAGUUUGAUUGCAUGAGCAUAUCUCAAGCCCUGUCUGCUUGUGCAAAGUUACCUGCACUUCACUAUGGGAAAGAGAUCCAUGGUUUCAUGAUCAAAGCUGCAUUCAGCUCAAAUGUUUUCGCUGAGAGUGCACUCAUAGACAUGUAUGCGAAAUGUGGACACUUGAAUCUCGCACAUCGUGUAUUUAACAUGAUGACAUUAGAAAAUGAAGUUUCAUGGAAUAGCAUCAUUGGUGCUUAUGGGUUUCAUGGUCAUCUCAAGGAAUCCCUUUCUCUAUACGAUGAAAUGUUGGAAAAUGGAAUUCAGCCUGAUCAUGUUACCUUCCUUGGUCUAAUAUCUGCUUGUGGGCAUGCUGGCCUAGUUGAUGACAGCAUUUACUACUUCCGUUGCAUGACUGAGGAGUAUGGUAUCCAAGCUCGGAUGGAGCAUUACGCUUGUGUGGUAGAUUUAUAUGGUUGUGCUGGUCGUUUGACUGAAUCCUUUGAAACCAUAAAGAGUAUGCCGUUCUUGCAUGACACAGGUGUUUGGGGGACAUUGUUAGGAGCUUGUCGAGUCCAUGGCAAUGUUGAGUUUGCUGAAGUGACUUCAAGACAUCUGUUUGCCUUGGAUCCUCAAAACUCUGGCUACUACAUACUGCUCUCAAAUAUACUUGCUGAUAUGGGACAGUGGGGUGGUGUACUUAAGAUACGAAGCAUGAUGAAAGAAAGAGGAGUUCAAAAAGUUCCGGGAUACAGCUGGAUUGAGGUCAAUAAUAUCACACAUAUGUUUGUGUCGGCAGACGGGAGUAGCCCACACUCUGCUCAGGUUUAUUUAAUGCUGAAAAGUCUUCUUCUGGAGCUGAGAAGAUAG